AUGUCGAUAACCUUCUACAUAACCCAUAAUCUUGUUUAUUAUAUAGCCGAUCUACACUAUGGAUAUUCAUUCAUAUCAAUCAUGAUGACAAUUAAUGAUGACGAUGAUGAUGAAGAUGAACCUUUUUUUCGUAUACAUUUUGUGCCAGAUGAAUCAAUUGCAAACUAUGAUGGAUAUUGGGAACAAUACACACAAGCGACGAAAUGUUGGACUCGUCUUUGUUUGAAGUGUCCGAAAGAAGUUUGGCAAGCAUCUGGGAACUUUUGUAAGUGUCAUUAUAAUCAAUUAGAAUCACGGGAGAUGGUUAAGAAAACAAAACGACUGCGUAAAAAGGGAAGAAACACGAAACAAAAGAAUUCUUUAGAGUUGGUUAAUGAGAUCCAGAUACAAAAGAUCGAAAAAGAUGAAAAUGACAAUAUCAGUGAAUCAUUAGGAAUGGUGAUAUCUGUUACAUCAUCGUUGAAUAAGAAACAGAUUGCUCAAAUCAACCAAUUCAUUACAAAAUUUCAUACUGCUUCCAACCCGAUUCAACUCACAUGUGAAUCCCAACCCGAGUAUAUCGAUGAUACUACAACUCACAUAAUAACCAAUGAUUGUGGUUCAUCUACGACUGUAUUAUCCAAACAGAUCGUUCAAGCCUGUGUGCGCCAUAUAUUCGUCAGUUCAAUACAAUGGAUUGCAUCUUCACUUGAACAAUCGAAAAUUCUCGAUCAUUUUCCAUACGAAAUUCUGCGUGAUAAACGUUCGCCGGCGAACACGCGUGGUAUAAAGCAAUGUCGUUUUGAUAAUCUACCUGUUUUUCCAUCGUCAUGCAUUAUCUCUGUUGAAUGUCAUUCAGGUAUAAAGUCUCUGAAAAUGACACGAAAUGAACUAAUCGAAAUCGUGGAAUUAUCUGGUGCGACGUUGUUUCAUGAUCAUAGUCCAUGUCAACACUUGAUUGUUCUUUGCAAUUCAAAAGGCGAGGUGCUAAACGUUAAGCAACGCGAUGACAACGAUUUCGAGCUAUCGACAACGAUCUCUUACUGUAAACCGGAGUUUUUAUUCGAUUCAAUUGUCAGACACGAAAUGCAGAUUAUUGAUGACUAUUGUUGGUAA